UGAACUAUUCUUCAUUACCUACUAUUAUACCUAACGACCAGUAUCACCUCUGAUCGAAAUAUCGAACAACACCUGUAAAGUUGCUUCACGUUACUUUGUAGUGCUGAUCAGUGCUCUCGAUAUUGAAUCGUAUUGACAAUAGUUCAGUGUCAUCGUCGUCUGGUACGGUUCAUUCCUAACCUAACAUCUUAACACCCGAAUCAAAAGCGACCAGCCAGAAUUCGCCGUGGAGGUGCUCGGCGCUGAGCGGUUUAUAUUCAAUAUUUUUGUGUCACUCACCUUGGAUUACGGUAUAAAAACUAUUCGCGGAACAGCAUUUGUGAAUGAACGCGAAUAGCUGCUGAGACGAUUACGAUUGGCAACGAAUUAAGAAUAGGAUAACCAUGGAUGACGCCCACUGUAAGACUGUGGACGAGGUGCAGAACUACUUCGGCACCGACUCUGACAGAGGAUUAUCUCCCGACCAAGUUAAAAGAAAUCAGGAAAAAUAUGGCCUCAACGAACUGCCAGCCGAGGAGGGAAAGUCCAUCUGGCAACUCGUUUUGGAACAAUUUGACGACCUUCUAGUUAAGAUUCUUCUAUUAGCCGCUAUUAUAUCCUUCGUUCUAGCUUUAUUUGAAGAGCACGAUGACGCCUUCACAGCGUUCGUCGAGCCUUUCGUUAUUCUUCUCAUCCUUAUCGCUAACGCCGUUGUCGGUGUUUGGCAAGAACGUAAUGCCGAAUCUGCGAUCGAAGCGCUUAAAGAAUAUGAGCCAGAGAUGGGCAAGGUUGUCAGAGGAGACAAAGCCGGUGUCCAAAGGCUUCGUGCUAAGGAAAUUGUACCCGGUGACAUCGUAGAGGUCUCCGUUGGUGACAAAAUCCCAGCCGAUAUUCGUCUUACCAAAAUUUAUUCGACCACCCUCAGGAUCGAUCAGUCUAUCCUUACGGGUGAGUCCGUAUCCGUAAUCAAGCACACCGAUGCCAUCCCUGACCCUCGUGCCGUCAAUCAGGACAAGAAGAACAUUCUGUUCUCUGGUACCAACGUUGCAGCCGGUAAGGCUCGCGGUAUCGUAAUUGGAACCGGUCUUAACACAGCCAUUGGUAAAAUUCGUACCGAAAUGUCCGAAACCGAGGAGAUCAAAACUCCCCUGCAGCAGAAGCUGGAUGAGUUCGGUGAACAAUUGUCCAAGGUUAUUUCCGUCAUUUGCGUUGCCGUCUGGGCUAUCAACAUCGGUCACUUCAACGACCCGGCUCACGGUGGUUCCUGGAUCAAGGGAGCAAUCUACUACUUCAAAAUUGCCGUUGCCCUGGCUGUCGCUGCCAUCCCCGAAGGUCUCCCUGCUGUCAUCACCACCUGUCUCGCUCUUGGAACUCGUCGUAUGGCUAAGAAAAAUGCCAUUGUCAGGUCUCUUCCUUCCGUAGAAACUCUUGGUUGCACCUCCGUUAUCUGCUCUGAUAAAACCGGUACUCUUACCACCAACCAGAUGUCCGUUAGCCGCAUGUUCACCUUCGAGAAAAUUGAAGGCAAUGACAGCAGUUUCCACGAAUUUGAAAUCACCGGAUCGACCUACGAACCUAUUGGUGAAGUUUUCCUCAAGGGUCAGAAGAUCAGAGGAAGUGACUUCGAGACUCUUCACGAAGUGGGAACCAUCUGCAUAAUGUGCAACGACUCCGCCAUCGAUUUCAACGAGUUCAAACAGGCCUUUGAAAAGGUCGGCGAGGCUACCGAAACCGCGCUCAUUGUUCUAGCUGAGAAAGUAAAUCCCUUCGGCGUUCCCAAGACCGGUCUGGACCGUCGUACAUCCGCCAUUGUUGUCAGACAAGACAUCGAAACCAAAUGGAAGAAAGAAUUCACUCUGGAAUUCUCCCGUGACCGUAAAUCCAUGUCCUCUUACUGUGUACCUCUUAAAUCAUCCAAGUUGGGAACUGGACCUAAACUCUUCGUCAAGGGAGCACCGGAGGGUGUCCUAGACAGAUGCACGCACGCUCGUGUUGGCACUCAGAAAUUCCCGCUCACAACUGCCAUCAAAAAUCGCAUCCUUGAUCUCACUCGCCAAUAUGGUACCGGACGCGACACCCUACGUUGUCUCGCUCUUGCCACCGCUGACCACCCAAUGAAGCCCGAAGACAUGGAACUUGGAGACUCCAACAAGUUUAUCACCUAUGAAAAAGAUCUCACUUUCGUCGGUGUCGUAGGAAUGUUGGACCCACCUCGUAAGGAAGUAUUCGACUCUAUUGUGAGGUGCCGCGCUGCCGGAAUCCGCGUCAUCGUCAUCACUGGUGACAACAAGGCUACCGCUGAAGCUAUCUGCCGACGUAUCGGAGUUUUCAGCGAGGAUGAAGAUACCACUGGAAAGUCUUACUCUGGACGUGAAUUUGACGACCUGCCCCUCGCUGAACAGAAGGCUGCAUGCGCAAGGGCUCGGCUCUUCUCUCGUGUGGAACCCGCUCACAAAUCCAAGAUCGUUGAGUUCCUUCAGGGAAUGAACGAAAUCUCUGCUAUGACUGGUGACGGUGUGAACGACGCACCUGCCCUGAAGAAGGCCGAAAUUGGAAUUGCUAUGGGAUCUGGUACCGCUGUAGCUAAGUCUGCUUCCGAGAUGGUGCUGGCUGAUGAUAACUUCUCUUCAAUUGUCGCUGCUGUUGAGGAAGGUCGUGCUAUUUACAACAACAUGAAGCAAUUCAUCCGUUAUCUUAUCUCCUCGAACAUUGGUGAAGUCGUCAGUAUUUUCCUGACUGCUGCUCUUGGUCUUCCGGAGGCUUUGAUCCCUGUUCAGCUUCUCUGGGUUAACUUGGUCACUGAUGGUCUUCCUGCCACUGCUCUUGGUUUCAACCCCCCUGAUCUUGACAUCAUGGACAAGCCUCCUCGUAAAGCCGAUGAAUCCCUUAUUUCCGGAUGGUUGUUCUUCCGGUACAUGGCUAUUGGAGGAUAUGUAGGCGCUGCUACUGUUGGAGGUGCUGCCUGGUGGUUCUUGUACAGUCCCCAUGGCCCUCAGAUGAACUACUACCAGCUGACGCACCACUUGGCUUGCAUCGGCGGCGGUGACGAGUUCAAGGGUCUCGACUGCAAAGUCUUCACCGAUCCCCACCCCAUGACUAUGGCUCUCUCAGUUCUUGUAACCAUCGAAAUGUUGAACGCCAUGAACAGCUUGUCUGAAAAUCAAUCUUUGAUUUCCAUGCCCCCAUGGUCUAACCUUUGGCUGAUCGCCUCCAUGGCUCUUUCUUUCACACUCCAUUUCGUCAUCCUCUACGUCGACGUACUUUCCUCCGUGUUCCAAGUGUGCCCGUUGACCGCGGAUGAAUGGAUCACCGUAAUGAAGUUCUCCAUUCCAGUGGUACUCCUAGAUGAAACCCUGAAGUUUGUUGCCAGAAAAAUCACAGAUGGUGAGAACCCAAUAUACACCGUGCAUUGGAUUGUUCUGAUGUGGGCUGUGUUCUUUGGAGCGAUACUCGUUUCCCCGAUAUAGAAAAUCCACAUCUAAUAUUAGUUAACAAUAAUGUUUUUCCCAUGGACAAACAUUUAUAACUGAAUACCUGGACUUGCAGUUGCAUUUAAUUCAACUUCCCCCGUGGCGCGGGAGAAGUAAAAAUGAAUUAUUAACGAAGUGUGUUUAAGUGAGAUUUUAACCAGUUUUUGACUGUUGCGCAUGGUGUUAGUCAGUGCAAUCAUAUUGUGCGCCACUAAAGCCCACCAUGCCCGCACCACACCGUACUACACGUCGCCGUACAUUGUACCAACUUCAGUGGCUCCAAGUGUUUGAUGUUCUACCGUAAUUAAAGAAUCAUGGUUUUUAAAUUAUUUUAUACAAGUGCCUUUUAAGCAUUAACGUUUGUAAAUGAUAGCUGCUGACUCAGUCUUUAUUUGACACGAUUCCUUGUACUGAUAAAUACUUCAUAGCACGUUAUCGAACGAUGCACUUUCUCAACACUUGGUGUAGGUGAAUUACGUUGUAACUAGUUUUGUGUAACAUUUGUGUCCAUAACUAUUUGUUCACGCUGACUAAUUGCAUGCUGGCUCCACCGAUGCUUUUAUAUUUGAAAAUUACUUAGUAAACGGAAUGGCAAGCUAAUUAAAUUAUUUACUCCAAACAAACCAAACCGUUUAUCUGUAGCGAAUUAACGUAAUUUACAUGUUGAUCUUUUGCAUAAUAGACAGCAUAAUGGAUAACGUUAUAGAGUAAUCUCACGUCGGCCGAUUCUCUCUACGUGUUGAUAAAAAUACAAACAUGUUAUCGAAAACACGUAACCUUUUUUAUCAUUACAUAUGCGUAAAAACGGUAUUCACUGAAUUAUCGAAUUUUUUAGUGAUAUAUUAAGUGUAUAUACAGUAGUGUGUUGAUAUUAACGACAAUUCAAUAUUGUAGCAACCGUGAGCUACUUAGGUUUAUUAUUUAUAGUAACUUGAUUCACGAUUCGACGUAGAGUUUGGAAUAAUAAUUUUCUAUUUCCAUAAAAAAGCAUCGGCGGAAAAGGGAUAAGGAUUAUAUAUCUAUCACUCUGAGCUUCUUACUACAGCACCUGGUUCCUCGCUUAAAAUUUUACACUUGUACACCACAUCAGUGUUUCGCCAACUCUUAUCAAAUCGAAACUAACACUAUAAGGUAUCCCUUUCCUCCUCAUUCCAUGCUGGCUUUUUGAAUAACCACAUAUUUUUGUGUUAAUAUUCGCAGUAAAAAUUUUGCCUGUCCCACCACAGAAGAAACAGAAAACCAAAUGACCAAACCUGCUGUUGGAAAUCCCGAGGUAGAUUUUGCAUACACCUUGGACCGAAGAUCCCACCCCAUGUCUCCUGUGUAAUGCGUCUUCCUUCCCUUAGAGAUCUCGCACAUGUUCCACUCUCAGUAUGUAGUAAUACAACUACCAUCUCUAUAUUCAACUUUUAUCCUACUACGUCUAUUCACGUUACAAAUUGAAAACUAAGUGUCAUUAUUAUUUGCAUACCCUGAGUAUUUCACGCGAAUAAUCCGUGUACCUACUUACCCUAUGCAUGUUGCAUUGUUUUUGUACACGUUAUCUAGGCUUGACCACAGUAUGCUUCAUUUACCGUACCACUUGCAUUACCUGGGUUAUCGAUUACUUUACCAAUACAGUAUAGCUUUGGACUGCUCAGAAGAGAAGAACCGAUUCAAAUUUUUGUGAAAUAUUCAUCUGUCCAAGUUUUUAACUAACUUCGAAUCGUGAAUCGAGUGUAAUAGGUAAAGACCGAUCUCAUUAGGAUAAAAUUGGGAUCAAUCUCAGUGUAGAACAUGAAGGGGAAAUAAUCAUUUUCAUUAGAUAUACACAUGUAUUUCUGGUUUUCUCUCUUUUAACAUAUUCCGGCAUUUAAUUGGUCUCGAAUUUUAUUUACCGUCUGAAUUUCUUGGCCAUUCACUGCAAAGAAAUACAUAAAUUUACGGAAUGUAGUUCUCAAAAAUCUUAAAACCUGUGAAAACUGGUGGUGGCAGAGAACAAAAGUGUGUGUAGUGAUAAUUGUACAGGCGACCUUAGCAAUGUCCUAUUUGUAAUUAUUUUAUCUAGCCAUGUUCCUGGGGGGGGAGGGGGCCGUAAUCGAUCGAUUUCAAUCGGAUAUAGGUAUCUAACAGUGUUCGUGCCGUGUGAUACGUAGCUGCCCACUAUUGAACCCGAGCAAACGCAACAAGACUGAUGACGGAGGUUGAUAAUGGGCUGACUGCACCGAUCAUAUAACGAAGGCGUAGUAGUAUGAAUAUGCGUGAAUAGGCAUGUAAUAACAGUUUAAUUAACUUUCCAAUAAUUGAAUUACUAUCACGACAUAAUAACAUAUAUAUACAUAUACAUGUAAUUAUUAACGGUAAGGUGUGAUAAAAUUUUUGGUAUGGAAUUGGCAUAGUCGAACUUAAUUACUCACGAGUGGAAGUCAGUGAUACUGGUAUAAUUACGUGUAACACUGAUUCGAGUGUUUGUUUUAACAAUAAAAUAACAUUUGUCUAUAGUGUCGUAACAGUUAAAAUCGCGUGUUAAGCGUGUCGAUAAUUCUACCAAAAACUAGUAGCUUUGCUCGAGUCGGAUUUCCUCUUAUGUCACAAUUAGCGAAUUUUAACUUUGGUGGCAAUGAUAAUUAGAUAUGUUCUCUUGAAAGUAGGUAAUAUAAGCUCCGAGUUAUUUUUCGAAUCUUUUAAAGCUCACUUUCGAAAUAGGAGUUUGAAAAGCUCUCGAGCAGAGAUACGGUUCAUAUAGCGCAGUCGAUAUUAGAGGAGAAAUUUCUAUUCUACUCUAUUCUGCUCAAUUAACGUGAGAUAUUGUAGCUGUGCUUUAGUAAGUACCGAUGUGGAUAACGUAACAACUUUGCAAGAUGUAUUGGAAAGUGCAGUGUGCCAUCCGAUGUUGAAACUAAUAAAAAUAAUAUAGAAUAUGAUGUGAGGUGACCAUCCAGUGACCAUCGGCAUUGACACCGCCGAGCGAACGGACAAGACAGGAGGUAUAGCGUGCGAUUAGAGUGUGAUUUUAUGAUGCACCCACGGAUUAGUCAUGAUUACCUGACCUAAGCAUAACUCUGAACCGAAACUUAACAACGUUAAAUAUGACUGGGCUUACAUUAGCGCCCAACUUUAUGAUUAUCAUUAUCAUUAUUGUCACAAGUUCUUUUGACAAUGAAAAAUUGUCCUGGAAAGAACUUACUUAGCAACGAUUUGUUUAUUUAUCAUUUUAUUUAUCUUUAUCACGCAAGUGAAUGAAUACGAAUUGAACUGAAUAAUAUUAUAACAAGUAAAAGUAGAAUGUGAUCUUGAUUGGUAUGUUACCAACUUGUUAUAAUAAAAAUCAUGUGUUACUAAUGUGUGUUGUAAGUCAAUAAUUUGCCACUAAUCAAUUCAUGAACGAUUCGAUAAGAGUUGUAGUACUGCACUUGCAGUACCUCGAUUGAACGUAUAACAAUACAUUACCAAUCUGAGAAAUAUCUUGUUUUUCGUUUGUACUUGAUCAAAAAACGAAGACAAUUUUUUAAUAUGUCAGCUAAUAAAAAUCUCAAAAAUCUACGUCAUCGUCAAUGCAACACCACUGUUAAAUGGUUAUUAUAGAAUUUUUUUUUUCAACUCAUAUACAUAUGAUUCAUUUUGUACAGACCAUUUAAUUUAAUUAUUUAUCAAUUAUCGGGUCAGACAAUAAAGAAACCUUUACAACAUAAAAUUUGUCGUACAAAUUAUCUAUAAUAGCCCGAAUUUUCUGUGGUUUUCCGUAUACUUAUGGCGUUCAGAUAGUGCAUGGUGUUUACCAGAGUGCAAAAAAUACGAAUUUUAAAAAUAAAUUGAAAGGUGGAAUACUGCCACCAUUUGGAUCGAGUUACUCGUCUCUAUGCCGUGAGCGAUCCACGACAAUUCAAAAAGUUUUCUGUGUUUUGCCUGCUGGUUUGUGAGUUCAGUCACAUCUCCGUUCUUCGUCUUUCCAUCGCAAGGAUGAAGGUAUACGUUUUUCUGCAGAUGAAGUCUUUCGACUUUAUUGAGAAGGUAAUGCAAAUAUUUUAAAUUAAUAAACUUGAUGCUGGCCACUUUGUAUUACGAACAACACACAACAUUGAUAAUCACACGUAUGAAAAUAUUAUCCAUGUUAUUUAUCGAUUCAAAAUUAUUAUAUUCUAGCUGAAAAAAUAAUUUAGGUCUUAAACUGUGUCCGUUGUAGAUAAAUCAAUCGUUAUUUGUUGCAUGAUUCGAACGCUGCUUUGUAAAUAUUCUUACCUAAAAUCAGCUAUACAGAUCCUUGUAGUAUAUCAAAAUUAAACAAAUGAUGUUGUAAAACUGUUUUCAUUCAGAAAUUGGCAUUAAUAGUUGGAUAUGAACUGUAAUUGAACAUGGCAAUGUGAUUACAGUUUCUCCGGAAGUGAUCCCGCGGAAAUAAGACGGAAGAUAAC